GUGUACCAAGGAAGAAAUAAAAGUCGGAAAACCUGUUCUCUUCUCACCGCGGUGGCGUGACUCCACUCACCUGCUUACCUUUGCGCUCUGUUUCCCCGGCGGCGGAGCUCGCGACGACGAGGCGGAUGGGAGAGCCGGAGAGGGCGUACGACGAGGAGGGAACCGAGCUCCUCUUGGUGGAGUCCGGGGAAAGGGAGCGGUCGUGGCGGCUCAACUUCGACGGGUUCCGACCGUCCGAGCCCCGCGAGAAGCCUCCCCCCCGCGGCCUCCAUGACUGCCUCGGCGUCUUAGGCACUGGAGAUGUGGUGGCAGAAUAUUAUCAGCAACAGGAAGAAAUGCUUGAGGGUUUUAACGAAAUGGAUGCCUUAACUGACCGUGGUUUUCUUCCUGGAAUGUCGAAGGAGGAGCGCGAGAAGAUUGCUAAGAGUGAGACAAUGGCCAUUAGACUAUCGAACAUCGCUAACAUGGUUCUCUUUGCUGCAAAAGUUUAUGCUUCGGUCAGGAGUGGCUCGUUGGCAAUUAUUGCAUCUACACUCGAUUCUCUCCUUGAUCUUUUAUCAGGGUUUAUCCUAUGGUUUACUGCAUGCCAAAUGCAGUCAAGAAAUCCCUACCAAUAUCCUAUUGGCAAAAGACGCAUGCAACCAUUGGGAAUUCUUGUUUUUGCAUCUGUUAUGGCAACAUUGGGUCUACAGAUAAUCUUAGAGUCAGUGCGCUCACUGAUGUCUGACGACAAUGAAUUCAGCUUGACCAAGGAGCAAGAAACCUGGUUGGUUGACAUCAUGCUAUCAGUGACGUUGGUGAAGCUUGGCCUUGUUCUUUACUGCCGUUCGUUCACUAAUGAAAUAGUUAAGGCUUAUGCACAGGAUCACUUUUUCGAUGUCAUUACAAAUAUCAUUGGCCUUGUGGCUGCACUGCUUGCCAACUACGUCGAAGACUGGAUAGACCCUGUUGGCGCCGUAAUUUUGGCACUGUAUACCAUCCGUACAUGGUCGAUGACUGUGCUGGAAAACGUGAACUCGUUGGUAGGGCGGUCGGCGGCACCGGAAUACCUACAGAAGCUCACAUACCUGUGCUGGAACCACCACAAGUCCAUACGGCACAUUGAUACGGUGCGAGCGUACACAUUCGGAUCGCACUACUUUGUGGAGGUGGACAUCGUCUUGCCAUCAGAGAUGCCACUAAGAGAAGCUCACGACAUCGGGGAGGCCCUGCAAGAGAAACUAGAGCAGUUGGCUGAGAUAGAACGAGCUUUCGUUCACCUCGACUAUGAAUUCACCCAUAAGCCUGAGCAUGCCCAGUCCCAUGACGAUUAGCCACCACACAAAGGUGUGUCGUGCCAAAAUAACUCGAGGUUAAAGUCCAGUAGCGUCUUCCAAGCUCUAUAGAUGGCUGUCAUCGUUGUUCAAAUUAUCAAGCGGACCACCCGUACUUGUGGUUGGUUUAAUUUGCAACCUUGCUUGGAACAUCAUGAAGGCCAGCAGAUUGGGUAGCUCGCUUAUGAGAAGAUAAGAUGGCUUGUUGGCAUCAGCGUUCAUACAUCCUUUGCAGUUUGUAGCUUGUGGACAUUUCCAUUAUAACUUGAGGAAGCUUUGUGAUA